AUGGAUAUAGCAAAGGAAUUAGUAUUAAAUUUAAAACAAAUUAAAAUAUCACAUGCAGGAUAUGGUUUACAAAAAGAAUGUGAAGCUCUUAUAGGUCAUAUUUUACAAAACAUGGUAAAAUCCCAAUUACCAGAAUUAAUUCCUGAAGUAAAAAAUGAAGAAGAGUCUAUUCACUAUAGAGAGGAAGGUAUUAUCAUAGUUGAAAAAUCCAUAGGAAAUCAACAUUUUGUAAUGGGUGAUGAUAAUGAAGCUAUAAAAUAUUAUACAAUGAGUUUGGCAUAUGCCAUUGACAAUGAACUUAUGUCGUACGCUUAUGCUAAUCGGUCUGCUGCUUUAUAUAGAAAACAAAUGUUCAAAGAAUGUUUGAUAGAUAUUGAUGCUGCUUUAAGCCUUGGAUAUCCAGAGGAAAAAAGGAAAAAAUUGGAAGAGAGAGCAGCCAAGGCUAUUGAAGAAAUUAAGAAAAGGCUGCAACUUGCAAAGGAUAAUCACAUUGAUACAGAAACGCUUGCAAAUAUGUGUUUAUUAGAAAAACAAAAUGAAGAACCUAGAGUUGUAAGAUAUAGACAUGGAAAGGUGAAACUUUCUGAAGAUAUAAGUAAUAAUUUUAACAUUAAUGAAAAGAAAGAUUCAAGCAAUGGUUGCAAUGAAGUGUUGAAAGUUAAUGACAAAGAAAAACUGCCAAGAUACUUAGCUGAUGAAGGUGCUUUAAAGUUAGCUCAUGGUCCAAAUAAAGAGACACCUGUUGUUAGUAAUGGUAUCAAGAUUUCCUUUUCUGAAAAAUAUGGACGUCAUUUAGUAGCUACAAAAGAAUUUAAAGCAGGGGAUGUAGUUACUAUAGAAAAUCCAUAUGCUUAUGUUAUUUAUACGCAAAGAUAUUAUACACACUGUCAUCACUGUUUAUCAAGAAGUUAUAAUUUAAUUCCUUGCCCAUACUGCCCUAUUUCUCAAUAUUGUUCAGAAAACUGUAGAAAAUUAGCUUGGGAAAUGGCUCAUCAAAUAGAAUGUCCAAUUAUGGCAUUAGUAGGAAAUUUACUCAAUGUUGAUAAAGAUAAAAUACGGAUGCUUACCAAAAUUAUUAGAUUUUUGAUUGUAGUAACAUCAAAGGGCAAAAAUUUUGAUGAACUGCAUAUAGACAUGAAAAUAGCUGAAUCUAAUCCAGAUAACAGAACUGCAGGAUUUACCAAUGAAGGCAUAUUGGACAGUAGUAGUGCACGAUCUGCUUUAAGUCUUGCUACCAAUAUGACAACGCGACCACUUAUUGGGAUUAGUGCUUUUGCUUGUAUCUCAGCUCUAGCGGCUCUCCUCUUAGCCACACAGACUAAUUUUUUCUGUAAUAAAUAUGAAGUGGAUCAAUUAAAAGAUAUCAGCAACUAUCCAAACAUCAUAUUUUCUGGCAGCCUUAUGUUUCGUGCCUGUGUUAUAAUGUCUUCCAAUUGUUUUUCAGUGCAGCAAGAGCCAGGAAUUAAAACAGGUUCAGGAUUAUAUAUAGCACACAGCUUGUACAAUCAUUCCUGUGCACCAAAUACAUUUCGCCAUUUUGAAGGGCUGACAAUGAUUACUCGCGCUCUAAAACCAAUAUAUCCUGGAGAUCAAAUAUUCACAAAUUAUGGUGCUGCAUACGCAUACAUGACAAGAUCUGAAAGAAGAGAAAAGAUAAUGCAAGACUAUUUCUUUGAAUGCGAUUGUAUCGCGUGCGCAUUUAACUGGCCUUUAUACGAAGAAAUUUUACAAAAACACAUUGGUUCUAUUAGUAAAAAUAAGGAACUUGUAGAAAGAUUAAAACCUUAUAAACAAAGAUUAAUGAAAAAUAUGUAUGACAUUGAUGCAGUAAAGUCUGUUCUUGAUAUAUUAUAUAAGGAGGUAUCCCAGCCAUGUGAAGAAAUCGUACAUGCAGAACAAUACCUGAAGAGUUAUUAUUUAGGUAAAUUUAAGUAAACUGACAGUGAAUUUGCUUAUAUUGAUUUAUAUAUAUAGUUUUGCUUACCUGUGUGAGUUUUUACCAUACUAUGCUUAUUUAUUCUGCAAAUAACUUUUAUCUAUGCUUCACUUUUUACAUUUAUUUCUUGCUUAUCAAUCUAAUCCAACUGCUUAUAAAUCUAUAAAUUAAAUUGCUUUAUAAAAAUUACUUGGUUGACUGCUUUAUAAAAAUUAAUUGGUUGGCUGUAAGGGUAUGUAAAAAUGUAAUGUGUUAAGCAUUUAAAAUUGGAACUCAAUUUUAUAUACAUAUAUUUUGUUUUUAGAUCCAUAA